AUCUCCGCAUACUAUUACCCCAGAUCCCCGGAACACUCAACAGCCGUUUGCCGCUGAGUGAAGCUAUCUCCUUGCCCUUACAUGGUGAAAUGUAGGUAGGGUCCAUGACCCCGUACACUACAUAUUCCGUGAUCCGGCCCCUUGGCGCUCGCCAGCACCGUAUCAUCACGACUCUUGUUGGCUGUGACGUUGUCUCCUUCUGGAUAUAUCUUCAGACGGUUGUUUCUUCCUACACUUCUUGUUCGUUUCUCACCAUCUUCCUUUUCACCUUCACGAUCGAUUGUCAACCUGGUGUUGUGUUUGUGUUGCAUUUACUCUUCUGUUUCAUUCAUUCUUUAUACCAAGCACGGGUCUGCUUUCUUGCUGCUUCCAUUCAUUCUCCUUUCGAGUUUUCUACUUGUCUCUUCGAGCUGUGCUCGUCACUUCAUCAACCCUGAACGACAAUUGUCUAAACGACGAUCGACAAAGUCCAGCAACCUACGGCCCUGCCUUGUGGUUUUCCCUACUCAUAUUGUAAUACUGGGACCAGCAUAGUCCACACACGCACAGAAGCAUAUACAGGACCAGGCUCGCAUUUCUUC